AUGAUAGAAAGUAUGAAAGUUCUUGUUGCAAUGCGAACAAACGAGUUCACUAAACAUCCAAUUACAAGUAAUCAAUUAGUCUUGGUAUGCCGAGAAUUCACACUUGAUGAACGUAAAGCCAUCAAAAGAAUUCCAAAAAUAUUUAAACUUCUUAAAUUCUUAUCUGUUUCUACUUUCAUGUUGCUUGGAUAUCAAAAUCAAACUGUGGAAAACAUUUACAAACUUAGAUAA